CUGAAACCAUCUCAAGUCCAGACUUUCAGGUGUCAGCAGUCAGUUAGUAAACUCUGGAGCUCACUACUGCCGCUCAUGUAUUCUACAAUAGUACACACACAGGACUACUGCGGGGAUCUUUGAGCUCACGGAAUAGCAUUUCGGAGUAACUAAUAGAGUGAAAAGAGAACAACUGUGAUUCAUUAAAGAAGACGAGUAUGAUGUCAUAGAAUGUAGUGUACAUACAGAGUCGCGUGUAGCUUCCGCUUUGUGUCAGUCCAGCAGUUUAACGGCGAAAUUCAGCUGGAGUAAAGGGGAAUUUCUCAUCAUCAGUAAUUUAACUGGGAACGGACAGAAUUACAGGAAUACAACUCGCGAUUACUGUUCACAUGAGUGAAUGCUACUGAAACCUAAGGCUGAUGUUCUCCACUUGCAGCGUCUGAGACAUGGAUGACCCUUUAAAGGUUGACUGAUUGCGGUUGACACCUCAUGUGUGCUUCAUAACUAUGCUGCGAGUCACUAGAGGCCUCAUGGCCACAGUACCUGCCAACGACCCGCUGAAAUCCCCCACCCCAUUCAGGGAAUGAUCAAACCACCCUGUCUAGGACAAACGCAUCAAGAGACCUCUUUCACACAGCAGGAAGGCAGAUACCCCAAAUCCAAUGGCAUGGGUGAAGUUCUUCAGGAGGGGCAAUCUUUCCAGGUCGUACCAGCCAGGAUCUAUGCUGUCACUGGCCCCCACCAAGGGACUUCUAAAUGAGCCAGGACAGAACAGCUGCUUCCUCAACAGUGCAGUGCAGGUGUUAUGGCAGCUGGAUAUCUUCAGACGGAGUCUUCGGCUGCUCCCAAACCACUACUGCCUGGGCGAAUCCUGCAUUUUCUGUGCUUUGAAGGGAAUAUUCUGUCAGUUCCAGCACAGUCGAGAGCGAGCGCUACCCUCGGAUAACCUUCGCAAUGCCCUUGCUGAAACAUUUAAGGAUGAACAGCGCUUUCAGUUAGGCUUUAUGGACGAUGCUGCUGAGUGCUUCGAAAAUAUUCUAGAAAGGAUUCACCUGCACAUCGCACCUGAUUGUGAGACAGAUGCCUGUACCUCCAAGUCCUGCAUCACGCAUCAGAAGUUUGCCAUGACACUUUAUGAACAGUCAGUUUGUAGGAGCUGUGGUGCAUCAUCCGACCCGCUACCCUUCACUGAGCUUGUGCAUUAUGUGUCCACCACAGCACUCUGCCAACAAGUCCUUGAGAGGAGGGAUGAAAGGAUGCGUCCAGACACGUUUGGGGAGUUGCUUCAAGCCGCAAGCACAGUUGGAGAUCUGCGUAACUGCCCGAGUAACUGUGGUCAGAGAAUCAAAAUCCGGCGCGUUUUGAUGAACUCUCCAGAAAUCGUGACCAUCGGGUUUGUGUGGGACUCUGAACAGUCAGACUUAACUGAAGAUGUCAUCCGAUCUCUCGGACCACACCUCAAACUCUCAGGGCUCUUUUACCGUGUCACAGACGAGCGUGCAAAGAAGUGUGAGCUGCUGUUGGUGGGAAUGAUCUGUUACUCCAGCAGACAUUACUGUGCCUUUGCCUUUCACACCAAAUCCUCCAAAUGGGUUUUCUUUGAUGAUGCCACUGUCAAAGAGGUGGGAACGAGAUGGAAAGAUGUGGUCACCAAAUGCAUCAAAGGUCACUUCCAACCUUUGCUUUUGUUUUACUCGAACCCUGACGGCAGCGCAGUGACCACAGAUGAAGCCCAGAGGCCUAACAGCACCACCACCCAAAACAAGACCUCCGUCAAUGGAGAAACACCAGGUACUCCAAUCUCGGGUGGUAAAAAGUUGGAUUUGACUCGAGAGAACCUGACUGCUUUCUUUUCUAAUCAUGGUACAAUGAAGCAGAAGUCACAGCCGCCCUCUGUCUUUAGUCGUGGCAGUAACCAGACCAGUGGCGGUAGAGGGCCAGGGAAGAUGAACUUUGAUCCAAAGAGUCAAUUUAGAGAGAUUUUGAGGGAGCUGCCAAAAGAGGGCCGUCCCAUCAACCUUAUGAAGAAGGAGUCGGACAGGUCACAGGGCAGACCAGAAACACUGAGGCAUCGGGGCCCAGACUCAGCCCCUGAGAAGCCCUAUUCCCGCUCGCUGUCGCCUCCUGAGAAUUGCUUCAAGCAUCUGGAGUCACGACUCUAUAGUAGUCAGGGCAGAGGCCCAACGAAGGCAGAACGCUGGCAUCACUUCAAUCAUGAACCACGCUCCCAAUCUCAGCCUCGCAUCCCGGUCCAUCCUUCUAAUGGCAAUCACUCCCGGAGGUUAGAUCUUGGCAACGGCUAUGAUACGGACCACAGUCAGGACUCUCAGAAUUACGGAGCCUCUCGCAGCCGUGUCAAUCGGGCAUGGAGGCCGAUGCGGGAGGCACUUAAUGUCGACAGUGUAAUAAACACAGAUAACAAUCAGAACUACCACAACUCUCGCAGACAGACCUCCAAUCAGGAGAGCGAUGAGUUGCCAUGGGGUCGAUGUGAUGAACGCAAACCCAAGAGUUUAAUGACGAUUUACGAGGACGAGCAGAGGCAAGAUAUGGGCAGCAAGAGCUCACUGGAAUCGGAGGGUCGGGGACCUCCAGAGCAGGAGAGAGCUAAAGGAACAGUCAACAAUCUAACAAUUAGGACUGAUAACUGGCAGAUACAACGCACUGAGUCUGGAUAUGAGAGCAGUGAUCGUCUCAGCAGUAGCUCAGCGAACUUAGACUCUCCUCUCGUGGAGAACUUGAGCAACAAAGAAAUGUACUCUAUACCAGAACUACACCUGCCCAGGGACCCAAACUACCAAGAGAGGUAUGACGAUUCAAAAGCCGAGAUUUCUCCUUCGUCCAUCUUCUACUGUGACCAUCAAAAGAAAACACAUGAUCAUUCCAUGAGUCCUGUCAUUCCAAGAAGAACAGCUUUUAGAUACAACCCUGGUACAAACAAGAUGGAAAAGACUGGGGGCAAGAGAGCAGAUAUAGCAAACGGAAACCCCGUCCCUCCUUAUUUCACCAAAACCAGCAGCUCGGAGUGGAAUAGCUCGGAUGACCUCGCCGGUCCUUUUUCUGAGCAGGAAGAUUCCUCAUCACACACUGAAGCGCCUCCUCAGGUUCCCUCUCGGACUCUAUCCCACUCUACAGCUCCACCAUUGCCUCCGAAACCACAUGUUUUAAGUUCAGAGGACCGGCGACGCCUCAUGCACAAUCCCUCUCCGCCCAGCCCUCAACGCCUUCUGCGGAACGGCUGGCCCAUGUCCUACACAAGCCUACAGAAAUGGCUUGAAAACUCAGCUGAGUCAAACAUGCUCUCAUCAGACACAAGCUCCAAAUCUGGUUCUUCUGAUCAAGACAGGAAUGAUCUCUCAGCUAGCGAGGGAGAGGAGAAGUACUCUACUGGUUCUAAACCUCUGGUCGGAUCUCCUGUGAUCCCCACCACCUAUUUCUCUGUGGAUAACUGCAUGACGGACACAUACCGUGCCAAGUACCACAAAAAGAGACCUGCUCUAUAUAUGACUGCAGACUCUAGAGGUGGGGAUCAUACGUCAUCUGGAGAAAGUGAUUGUGGGGACGGAGUGUCAACAGCUCCAUCAGAUUCACAGGCACCACAGCAACCCAGAGCGAUACCAGUACCAGUUCAUGCUACCAGUAAACCCACUGCAAAAUGGAACCCUGUUUCCACGAAAGGACUGGAUGAACAUGGCUUCCUAUGACACUAGAUUUCAUCCAAUGACAUACACAGUGGUGAUUUGCAUAAUAUUAUGAGCACUCCACCUGAGAAAUGUGGAUCAGUGUACUUUAAGUUGCCUUCUCAUGCAGAUUUGUGUUGCUACGUUUUCAAUGAGAAAGAGUGUGUGGUAGUAUAAAACAUGACAUUUGCACAUUUUUAAGCAAAAGAGAAUUAUAUUGCAGAACUUAAAAGAAAAUAUAAGAAACACUCCUUAGGCUCAGAGUAAGUGUGAUGCAACAUGAAUUAAAACUAACAGAACUAACAAAACUGAAAGAAGCAGCAGUUGCAUGGAAAUUCAAUAUGUCCUAUGUAUUACACAGUGUAUUUGUUCUUUUGGAGGAUAUUUUGGUUUACUGCUUAUAAUUUUCCCUGGAAUGGCUAAAUGUUUUUAUUGUAUUUUCAUAGGGUAAAGCUGCUAAAUGUGACAUGGUUCCUAUGUUUGAGAAGAACUGCCUUUAAAAAAAAAGAGAUAUCAUAAUCCCUUCUUAAUAUAUUUAAUGGCCUUCUUUUGUUGGUUUAGAUGUGUGGUAUCUUAUUUUUAAUUUAAUCCCUGAUCACGCUAUUUUAAAUGGGCCACUGAAAAUAUUUGCACCCUUUUACUAUGUUUAACUAAUUUUAUCAUCCAAUGUGCACAGAAAUUACAGUAGAGGACACUGGAGAAUAACAUGUAUGAUUGCUGAGAUUAAUUCGUAAAUUGUGCGUAAACAGCAGUCUAAAUUUAUUUGGGCACACCAAAGUAUGGAUAAUUGUUAUUUUUUUCCUCAUAUUUGGAACGAGACAAGUUGUACAUUUGUCAUAUUAUGUUCAUUUGAAUGAUAAUGGUUUUGUAUAUUGCGAGGCAGACAACACUGAAUAGUGCCUUAUUUUGUAUGUAAAGAUGGGAUAAAGGUGUUUUUAUCUGUAAAAUGUUAACUUUUUAAAUUCUUUUAUAUGAUAUGGUAGUUCAUUUUGAUUGACUUUUAAU